CAUCAGGUCUGACUCCUUUCCCUUGGGUUCAUGUGAUUGGUUCGCCUCUCUGAAAGGCUCUCUCCAGCUUCCAUGGCAAACAGGGUCUCACAUCCUAAGAGUGUACGCAGAUCAAAGGAGCUCUGGGGCUCAGCAGCACAGGCUCUGGACAAGCAGGUCUGAGUUUGGGACCCAUCACAGAACCUUCACUGAGUCAUUCUUUACAUUGAAAGUUUAUUGCCAAGCACUGGGGACCACCAGCAGACAAAACAGAUGUACUCCCAGUUACUGAGACAACCGUGGAGGGGACUAGAGACCAGAAAAAUCAAUGCGCCGACAGUCACACCCUUAGAAAGCACAGUCUGGGUUCCAACUCUGAAGUCUACACCCAGCAGGAAAAAUUCCUGCAUGUGCUCCUUCUACUUCUUCCGAGCCAGCUGCCCCCUGCCCUCAAUAUACCAGUCGCUGACCCAGCCAUGCCCGCUCCACUGCUCCCACUGCUGCUUCGAACCCUGAUGUCCCGCUUGCUGCUGCCUGCCACCCGCCUGGCCCGCCGGCACCUCCUGCCCCUCCUGCGCCGACUGGCCCGCCGCCUGGGCUCGCAGGAUGUUCGAGAAGCUUUGCUGGGCUGUCUGUUGUUCAUCCUCAGCCAGAGCCGCCCUGCCGACGCUGAGGAGGUCUCCAGAGUGGCUGGCCAGGAGAGGAGGGAGAGGCUAGCUCCCCCAAAAUGAGGCUGCGAUCCCUGAUAUUGGCUGUGUCAUCAAAAGCCAUUCUUUUGGAGCAAGACAGUCCUGGCACCACCACUGAGCACAGCCUACCCACUGUGCAGAAGACGCGGUGGGGGACUGAGCACAAAGAGGGGUCUGACCAGGAAUGCCUCCCCACUCCCAACAGGAAUGACUGGAAGGAUACCCAGCAUCUAGCAGAAAACUGAUCUUACGCGACCCUGCACUCCUCCUUCCAAGACACCUUUCCUAAUCGCAUCUGGGCUGGGAGGGGAAAGGGGGGGAUGAGGGGAGUGACUCUGCUCCCCCACCCCCAUCCCGGGCAAAUGGGAACCUGAGUUCCAGUGAGGGACAGUCCUCACCCAUGGAUAACUGACAACUUAUCUGAGAGGGGAGAUUUUAACCCAGACAGUCUGUCCUUCAGACUCAGGAUUUUCCUUCAAAUAAUAGAACCUUGAUUUGGUCAGUCUUGCCCCAAAGCCCAGCACGCAGCAGGUGCUCAAUAAAUAUCUGCUCAUUUGAA